GUAUUGGAUUGUGUUGACUAAACGCUGGAAAAGAGAGAAAAGAUGGAGUUGCUGAUACAGUAUAUUCUGGAUAUUCUACUCUUGAAAACUUGGUCGUUUGGUGAAAAAUCGGAAGAAAAUCUUAAGGGCAUCUGUCAAAAUGCGUGCAUAUACAACUCAACUGUAUGGAAGGAGCCACAUGUAAUAUCCAGUUUCGUUUUAAUCGUUAUCGCUAUAACUAUGGCACUGACUAUAAUAUUCAUCAAAGCAUUGCACACAUCAACUAUAAGGAAUACCAUCAUCAUGAUC